AUGGCCUUUGUCGCACCCGCGCUGCGCUGGCCCGAUGCCGCGCUGCCCUACCUCCCGGCCAGCCUUAGGGACUCGACCAUUCCGCCGCAGCACCUCUUCCUGGCCUCUGCCACCUUGGCCGUACUCCUCGUCUCGUUCCUGCUCACGCGCAGCCCGCGCCAGCUCGAGUCUGCCCACCUGGCCGCCACGACGGCAUCGAGCGCCGACAAGCGCUCUCGCGGCAAGCAGCCCACCGUUAUCCUCGUCGGCCUCUCUGACAGCGGCAAGACGGCUCUUUUCUCCGAGCUUGUCUACGGCGCCACCCCAGAGACCCUGCCCAGCCAGAGGGAGAGCCAGGGACUCGUCGAGCCUGCGCGCAUCCUCCAGCCGGGCGACGCCGAGAGCGUCAAGCCCACCGUCCUCGUCGACCUUCCUGGACACCCGCGACUCAGGCCCAAGGUCGACGAGUACAUCAACCAGGCCGACGGAAUCGUCAUCUGCGUCGACGCAAUGGCCGCCACCAAGCCCGCCAACGCAAGGGUCGACAGGGACGCCAACGACGUCGCUGCUGUCGCCGACCUGGUCCACAACACGCUCACCUCGCUCGCCAAGCAGCGCCUGCGCUCUAACAGCAGCAGCACCGCCGCGCUCUCGGCCCCUUCGGUCCUCGUCCUGUUUACGCGCUCCGACCUCUCUACGCUGCUUUCGGCGGCAAACGCUGACGCCAGCAAGGAUCUCAAACGGCGGCAGCAGCUCCUGACGCGAUGCCGCACCGCCGUCGAGACUGAGCUGGGCCAGCGUCGCGCCGGAAUGGGCCUGGGCCGCCGCAGCGCCGGCGCGGACGGCGACGACGACGACGAGGCCGACGAUGUCGACACGCUCGACUACGUCGAUUGGCAGGCUGCGCGGCGCGAGGCGGUCCAGGCGGCCAGCCAGUCCGGCGGCGGCGGCGGUGGCGGUACGCAGGCGAGCAACACGUUUAGCCUCGAGAAGCUGGACGAGGAGGUGGUGUGGGGCGGCAAGGUCAAGUGGGGCCUGGCCAGCGUGGGCAAGGCGAGGGCGUGGGACAAGGGCGAGUCGGUUCCGGUGGACCAGGACGGGCUGAGGGAGCUCAAGAGGUGGCUGGUCAGCCUGCAGCUGGAUUGA